AUGUAUAAUUCCCCAAAACCAGCAUUCCUCAGCAAAGUCGACGACGCCGCUCGUAAGCAAUUCUUCGCCAUUGUUAGGAACCCUAACCUAACUUCAGAUCAGAAGAAGACCCAAGUAAUCGAGUUCGCCAAGAAACAUGGAUUUGAGGAGGAGGGAAAGAAGCAUGUCAAGAAGAUAGAAGAUUUGAAGAAACAGGGAAAACUUUGCUUGCCACCACCACCACCAGAAUUCUUGAAAAAAGUCAACGAGACAGCUCGUAAGGAAAUUUUCAACAUCAUCAAAAAUCAGACCGUGCCAAUUAAACAGAGGAGAGCAAAGGUUACUGAAUGGGCAAAGAAAUAUGGAGUUGAGAAACAGGUAAAGAGUUAUGAUGAGAAGAUGAAGAAACUGUUCAGCAAGCAAUAA